AUGGACCCCGACGCCAGUAUCCCCAGCGAACCCGCCCCCUCCGUCUUCAACUACGUCCUCUCUUUCCUCCUCGUCGGCGUAGCAUGGGGCUUCACAACCCCCUUCAUCCGCCGCGCCGCAGCAGACUUCAACGCCCGCCAGGAGAAACAAGGUCGCGUCCUUGACCCUCCCGCCCGCGGCCGCGCACAGCCAUCGCCUGGCGGGGAAGACGAAGAGCAGGAACUGCUUCUCGCAGACCCGCACCCUGAGAGCGAAGAACCCGAGGACGGAGUGCGCAGACGCAGCGCUAGUCGGCAGCGACAGGAGACCUUGACUGCGGGUGGUGCGGGCGGGGUCACGGGCGACGAGGACAAUAUUCCGGACCCUGCGUGGAUGCGCGCGGCGCCGAGGCAGUCGUGGUUGAAAGCGAAGGUUGUGUCGGUUUUCUGGACGGUGGUGAAUCUGUUGCGGACGCCGGCGUACUCGGUUCCGUUGGUGAUUAAUUUGACAGGGAGUAUUUGGUUUUUCCUUUUGGUGGGGCAGCAUGAACUCUCGUUGACGGUUCCAUUGGCGAACUCGAGCGCGUUUCUGUUCACCGUGCUUGGGGAAUGGUAUGUGGACCGCAAGGUCAUUGCGAAAGAAACCUGGGUUGGCUUGAUUCUAGUCUUGGGAGGUAUUGCCUUGUGUGUUCAUUCGAAGAAUCAAACUAUGGGAUGA